AUGUCGUCUAAACAGCAUUUCAACGCCGUGGUCAUCGGCUCUGGUCAAGGUGGCACACCCUUAGCAGGCGCCUUUGCCAAAGCAGGCAAGUCUGUUGCCCUAAUCGAGAGCACCCACAUUGGCGGCACUUGCAUCAACGAGGGAUGCACACCCACCAAAACCAUGGUCGCCAGCGGACGAGUCGCAUACCUCGCUCGCCGCUCUCAAGACUACGGCGUCAAUCUGCCCUCUGCCCCAACCAUCGACAUGAAGAAGAUCCGCCAACGCAAGCGCGAUAUCGUCGAUAGCUUUCGCGGCGGCUCAGAACGGCGAGUCCAGUCCUCCGGUAUCGAAUUGAUCACAGGGACGGCCAAAUUCGUGGAUCCACAUACCGUGACUAUCUCACCUUCUUCUCCGGCAGAACCUGAAAAGACCAUCUCAGCAGAUCAAUUUUUCAUCAAUGUGGGAGCACGCCCUACCCCCCUCGUCCUCCGUGGUCUUGAAAGCGUCGAUCGCACGCGCGUGCUAGACUCCACCUCGAUCCUCGAACUUGACGUCGUGCCCUCCCACCUCAUCGUCCUAGGCGGCGGACCCAUAGGUCUAGAAUUCGCCCAGCUCUUCCGCCGCCUAGGCGCCGCCGUGACAAUCAUACAACGAGGCGCGCAACUAAUUCCUCGCGAGGACCCAGACAUCGCGGAGUCCAUGACGGAGAUCCUGGAAGAAGACGGCAUCACCAUCCUCCUCAGCACCAAAGCGACAAGCAUAUCCACCUCUGAAUCAUCGCCUAUCGUCCUCUCCGUCCUCUCCAGCGACGGCAACUCCCACGAAUUGCAGGGUUCCCACCUCCUCGCAGCCGCUGGCCGCGUACCCAAUACCGACAUCCUAGCCCCCAAGCAGCGGACCAACGUUCCGCACAUCUACGCCCUCGGCGACGUCAAGGGCGGACCUGCUUUCACGCACGUCUCGUACGACGACUUUCGUAUCCUGGCCGCCAACCUGAUUGACCCUGGGCCGGGGAGGGCGGGGAGGGAGGGGAUGAAACGCACCACCAAAGAUCGCUUGGACUGUUACGUCACGUACACAGACCCCCAACUCGGCCACGUAGGCCUCCAUGAAGCUGAAGCACGAAAGAUUCACGGCGAUGAGAACGUGGCGGUGGCGAAGAUGCCCAUGGCGUAUGUGGCGCGCGCGCUGGAGUGUGGGGAGAGUAGGGGGGUGAUGAAGGCUGUUGUUGAGAAGGGAGGGGAGGGGAGGGGGAGGAUUCUGGGGUUUACGUGUUUGGGGUUGGAGGGCGGGGAGGUUAUGGCCGUUGUGCAGAUGGCGAUGAUGGGAGGAGUGACGUGGGAGGGAGUGCAAGGGGCGGUGUUUGCACAUCCGAGUUUGAGCGAGGGGUUGAAUAAUUUGUGGGGGUUUUUGGAAUAA